GAGAGAGAGAGGAGAGAGAGAGAGAGAGAGGCUCGUUACAGCAUGCGUUCUCAAGGAGAGAAAGGAGGACAGCAAUUACUAUAUCCAACACCCCUACAGCGACAGCAAUGAAGCGGCUUUCUCCUGGCAGUGUGUUAGCUAGCCAGCUGCUCCCCUCUCUUUCACUCUCUCUUUCUACCUCUCCCCAUCACUCUUUCUAUCCCUCUCUCCCUCUCUGUCUGUCUCAUCUGUUAUAUGAUUGAUCCGGUGAAGGAUGCUGAAGUUCCGCGCGGACCGGAGGGUGAGCCAAAAUGACCCGAGCGGCCCAGCUGGACAUCCAGUGAUCCAGAUCCAGCUGAAAGAGACCGGACCGAUUCACACCUACAUAACGAGCUGUGAUUUGGAGAUGAAUGGGAAUGUAGGAGGUAGAGGACCUGUGAGUUCACCCAGCGACAUUAACUGCAACUCCAACAGCACCACCAUGGUAUCAGACCUAUCCUCCCCAGAGUCUCAGACCCAGUCCCAGCCCUUCACACCACGGGCAUCUCGUACUCCAAAGAAAGCUGCUACGUUUGGGAAGCGUUCUAACUCCAUGAGGAGGAACCCUAAAGCUGUAGUAGCUAAGCAGGGCUGGCUAUACAAACAGGCCAGCAGUGGAGUGAAACAGUGGAACAAGAGAUGGUUUGUCCUGACUGACCGAUGCCUGUUCUACUACAAAGACGAGAAGGAGGAAGGAGUGUUGGGAAGUCUUCCUCUGCUCAGCUUUCGGAUCGGAGAAGUGCAGGUGCUGGAUAACAUCAGCCGCAAGCACGCCUUUAAGGCUGAACACGCAGGAACACGCACGUACUACUUCGGCGCUGAGACUGCCGAGGAACAGGAGGAGUGGAUUGACGCUAUGAACGAGGCUGCACACGUCCAGAUACCGCCUGCACAGAGGACCACCAACUCCGAGGCCACCACGCCCACAGCAGAACUCCAUGGUAACACCUUAGUAACCAAAGGUCCUGAACCACACAAACAGACACACACACACAUUGAGGACAACGGCCAGACGACUGAACUCCUAGACCCAGAGCGCGGAUCACGAGAACCCGCACAUCACAAGGUCAACGGGGUCGACGCCAUGGAAACGCCCCCUCCCUCUACCAGCCAUUCAGAAAAGGACGGGAGGAUGGGGGGAGAGAGAGGGGAGAGGGGGGAGAGAGGAGUGCUUGGACCUGGGGGUGCACCCCAUCACCAGCCCAAUGGGUGGGGCACCUACGGCCCCCCAAACCAUGGAAACGGACCACCCCUGGGUAACGGGCGGCCACCCCAGGCACCUCCAGAGGGAGGGAUGAGAGAGGGGAGGGAGGUGAGGGAGCAGCCUGAGAACGUGGUGCUGAGACGGGGUUUUGUGCCACGGACAAACCCUGAGAGACAGGCCCAGAGGAAGAGCUCCAUGACUCAGCUACAGCAGUGGGUCAACCAGCGCAGAGUCAUAGCUGUACAGGAGGACUUGAACAGUCCAUCUCAUUAUUACACAGUGAACCGUGGCGUACCAGCUGACUACUACAGCGUCUACAGUAGCGUGGGGGGCGGUCCGGGCUACGUGGAGGAGUACCCCCUCUACCCUCCAGGCGUACGCCCUGACAGCAUCUGCUCCGUGUCAGCCGUGGGUUACGACCGCAUGGGCCCCCCUCGCUGGACCAACGAUGAGAAGAGACGCUCACUGCGGGACGGGCCCCUCUACAGACCCCCGCCCCCCCGAGACCCAUACGGCCCCCACCGCCCUGCCUAUUACGGCCAGAUGGAUGCAGCCCAGACCGCCAUGAGGCGUCUGUCCAUCCAACCUAGGUCUAGGUCCGUUCCCAGGUCCCCCUCCUCGUCCACGGGUGGUCCCUACUCUCCCAGCCCCCAUAGCUUUGCCUCGCCUAUCUGCUCACCCUCUGCCCGGUUUGACAGAGGACCAGGCAGGCUACGGGAGGAUGUGAUCUACGCUGACCCCUCUGUGUAUGGACUGAGGAGAUCACUGAGCUCUCCCAAGUAUGAUUACCCUGGAGACAGGAGGUCGCUAAGCCAAGGAAUGUACCACUACAACUACCCUGCCUCCCCCUCUCUCCACAGCAAAAUGGAGGACAUGUUAGACCUGCAGCUCCAGAGAAACCUGGAGUACCUCGAUCAACAGGUGACCGGGAGAGAUCACGUUGUCGGCAUGGUAACCAGAAUGGUGGAGCGAUCCUCCCCUAGAGCAAAGCUCUUCGCACAAGUGCCUCCGUUCCAUGACCCAUACAGGGAGCUUCACCCCACACUGAAACUCAAUGAGAUUGAGACCAGCAAACUCUUGGGUCGUCUGUGUGAGCAAAACAGGUUUCUAAAGGACCAGGAGGCAGUUGUUCACAGGCUGAGAAUGGACAAGGACAGCCUAGAGGGAGCACUGGUGGCCACACAUCAGGAGAUGGAGCUGUACCGGGGUCAGCCGCUGGUUGCAGACAAACUACAGCUGAAGAAGGAGACACUGCAGAACCAGCUCAUCAACAUCAGAGGAGAACUCUCCCAGGCAUCCAGCGCUCUGACCACCACACGGAUGGAGUUUGAAGCCCUGGAGGACGAGGUCAACGCUAUCCAUGGGGACCUGUGGGAGCAGCUCAACGCAGGCGGGCAGAGUGAGAUGGUCCAUAGACACAUUCAGAAGGAGUUCUGGAGAGUUCAGGAAGUGUGGGAGGGGCUCCACAAGAGCAACCUUUCCAGAGGCACAGACACAGCCAAACACAGGGUGGCCAGUGGGGCAUCAGGUUCCUUUAGCACCAAUAGUCCUGCCAGUCCCCUGAGUUCAGUAAGCCUCACCAGUCCACUCAGCCCCUUCUCCCCAGUGCCCGGCUCCCAGGCUUCCCCCACCAAACAGCUGGGUCCGGAGGACAUUGGCCCGCCACGGCCACCACUUCCCAAAUCCUACUGCCCCCUGGAAUCGCCCCCCUCCAUCCCCCCUCUGCCGUUCGACAGCUCUGCCUGGCCACGCAGCCUGGGCCUGGAGGACGGUUACAUUGACGAUGAAGAGUCCCACAGCAGAAAGCAAAAGUAUGGUUACCGACAGGAUGUGUCACCGGGAGAACGGACCAAUAGCAACGAAGCUCAGGAGCUGGAUCAGGAUCGACAGGCCAACAUGAAUAAAGUGGGGAUUGUUCCUCCCAGAACAAAGUCUCCCAUGGAGGACCAGGGCCACUCCUACGACCAUGGAAUCACCCGACGCAACGGCAAAGUGCCCAAUGGAAUCUCCAGGGAGCGCCCGAAGAGUGCAGUAUUCCCUGCUGAGGUGAAGUCCAAGAUGAGCAUUGAGGAGCAGAACGAGCGUAUCCGUAGGAACCAGAGCAGCUCUGUCAGGGACAAGAGACGCAGCCUGAACCUGGGUAGCCAGGCAGGCACAAACUACAGAGUGGUGAAGCGGAGGCUAACAGCCCAUGAGGUGGACAUCAAGGACCUGGAGGCUGCAGUACGGGGCGAGGGGGUGCUGGAAUCACCCCGGGAGGAGAUUGCUCGCCUCAGACGGUUACAGAUGGAACCCGACCACUACGACCUGGACAUCGGCAAAGAGCUUUGUGCUCCAGACAAGGUUCUGAUCCCGGAGCGCUACCUGGAUGUGGAGCCCAACACUCCUCUCAGCCCAGAGGAACAGAAGGAGAAACAGAAGAAAGUAGAGAGGAUCAAGACUCUCAUUGCCAAAUCAAAUCUCCAGAAUGUGGUUCCUCUAUUGGACGGUCCUACUGAGGGGGGCGGUCCUCAUCACCAGGGCAACCCAGAGCAGAAGAUCCAGGAGCAGGAGAAGAGGAUCGAGAUCUCCUGUGCUCUGGCCGCCGAGGCCUCGCGACGCUCCCGCCUGCUCUCCGCCCAGUGCGCCCCCAGCCUCCCCGCCUCCCCGACCAACCUGGCCCCUCCCCCGUCCUCCACCGACUUCUCCGACUCCGUUCACAUCAUGAAGGUGUGAGUCUGUGAAGCUCAAGCUCUGGCUGCCGUCAAGUUUGACGGAGCGUCCUUCUGAGGAUCCACUGGAAUAUCAAAAAAAUGCCCAAAGAAACUGGUUAAUCUCCCAGACCACCUGCCCGCCGGUGUAUAAACCCAAUGACCUCCACAACAACACAACCGGAAACAUGAAGCGGUAACAGGAAGUUUGGGAAGUUGACCACCUGAGGACUUUUUCAAGGCAAACAGACUAUGAUGGAGGCCCACACCUCCCACCACAAGGGGGUCUAUAACAGCACCCUCCACUCUCUCUCUAUCCUUCACCACACUUACACAAUUAUUCUUAGUCUAGGCCUGGCAGAAAAUAGCUUCUCUAUAAGGGCAGGUAACGCAAACUAAACAAAUGCAAAUAAAACACAAUGCUGUCAUGUUUCACUAUUUUGGGGAUGAUGCGUUUGACACAGCAUUUGAUACUACUAAGCUAGCCAGGGGGGUGUAUACAGCACUCAAACAUGCUCUCCUCCAUGCUACACUGACAGUGAGACUGUUUCAACAGUUUUUCUCCGUUACUCAGCUCAGGAAAGGUGUAUGCUAUAGAGAGAUUAGAAGGUCCACAGAGACUAGAAGCCCAGGACAGUAGAGUUCUGUGACUGAACGGUUCAGGAGGGGACUUAACGUACGUGAUGCACGGAUCUCUGUUAAGAUGAAGAGGGAUUAGGACUGCCGGAGCUGGACUUCAGGAAGAGGGACUGGGGAGUGAGAGCUUCUUAUUGGUGCAGAGAGCAUUAGAACCAAUCAGAGGCGGAUGUUACAGUGUAACAGGAAAUGGUCACAGAAGAGGAGGCGGACAGAUGGUAGUUCAAGAACCAUAAAGAGAGAUAGGAGUGGGAACAGUAACAUAACAUAGGGUUUCCCAAACUCGAUCCUGGGGCCCCCCUGGGUGGACAUUUUGUUUUUUUGCCCUAGCACUAAACAGCUGAUUCAGGAUUGAGUUUGGGGAAACCCUGACACAACAGGAAAUGGCCAAUGUUGUUUUGUCUCUGAUUGGCUCCCAGGUAAUUGUUUCAAACUCAGUUAAACAGCCCUUGCCCUUCGACUUCCUGGCGUCGUCUUCAGAGGCCAUUAGUGGGAGAGCUGUACUGUAUGAAAGUACCCCCCCCCCUCCCUUCAAUACAGUGGUCGCAGGAAAUUGGUGUACAGCAGUGUUUGCAUGAGUCUCCCUUCGAUUCCUUCCAACACCUCUCAUCCCAGGUGAGGUACACACCUAUUGAACACCUAACCCACUGUGACGCCUGCCUCCCAACCUUUUCUCCAGGCUAGGCUACACCCCCUCUGUCCCCUUUCCCGUCCUACACCCAGGGCUGGUUGGGACCUAUAUGUGUAUGUGUGUGACUGUCUGCAGGAAGACCUAUCCUGCCUCACUCUGAAACCACUGUUAGUUCUCUGGUAACUGUGUGUCUUGAUGUGAGUACAGCCCACACACCAUUGGCAUUAAAGCCAUUGUACUCCUCUUAGUUCUCUCACUGCUAUAAGACCUUACUUCAGUGGUACAGUAUGUCAAUAGAUACAUGUGUAGAUAAAAUCUCUCUAUAUCUACAUUUAUAUAUAUAUAUAGUAUGUGGAAAGACGUCAGUAAAAAAAAGGAAAGAAGUGACCUUAGAAUAAGUCUGCUAGUUGAAACACUUGUUUGUGUUAAGAUGGGCCAGCAACCUGCACCACAGCCAACUUACAGUGUGUACAUAUCAGAAAGCUAAAUGCAUCCUACAUGUAUCAUAUCCCUAAUAUUAUACAGUGCUAUGUUGAAGACUGAACCUUUUUUAGCAUAUAGAGAUCGUUUAUUCUGAUCAAUACGUUUUUACCUCUCAAAAUACAUCUAAUUAUUUUUCUAUGAACCAUCACUUCUAACGUGAUCAACCACUUUGGGUGAGAGAUAGAUAGACACAGAAAUAUAUAGACAUAUUGCUGUCCUGGUCAGGGUUGGAGGAACUCAUAUAUUAUACACGUAUAUGACAAGUCACUCCACAUUCUAAGUGGAGGAUGUAUCAUGGUGCAGGUAUGUGCAACAUCCUCGUCGUCCUCCUGUCCUCUAAUAUAAGUUGCCGACCCAUCCUUUGCAUUUUGGCUGUCUCUUAAUAAGGAACAUUUUGUUUGUCAGUCGAUCACUGUUAGCGUCUCCAGAUUUAACCUGUGGCCCUCUGAAAGCGCAGCCCUUUCUAUUUCUGUCUACAUUCCUCCCUCGCAAUCCACCCAUCUCUCCUUCUCUGUCUUUUUUCCUCCAUCCAUUCGUUUCUCCCCCUUUGUCAUAUUGGCUCAGAGGCAAUGCUGUGUCUGUAUAAGAGGAUGUCUUUCUUCAGACUCAAGCCAUCAUGUUUGGAGGCAAGGGAAACAUUUGUGUACACAGCAGAUUAUUAUUCAAAAAUUUAAAAAAGUCUGAAGAAAAUAGUUAUAUUUUUUUCUUGUUUGAGAAAGGGACAACUAAGGUCAAAAGAUGCAGUACAUAUUUUUUUAGACUCAUGGGUAUUUGAUGACUAAAAUAAGGUUUCAGCCGACAGGUUACAUUUUUAGCAUGUAAUCAGGAAUGUUUUGCGUUUUUCACAAUAUUGGGGGAAAAUGAUUAUUGCUAAAAUAUUUUUUUAAUUUGCUUUUAAGAUUUGUCUUGAAGGCCCUGGUUUAAAGAUGAUUUUGAAAAUAUUGGUAUUUUUGGAACAAUUGGCCUCAUAAUGUGUUGAGAAACACAAAACAGCCAAAUACGGGGUGUCCAAUAUUUGAUAGAAAAUGUAGCAUUUAUGGCUAAUAAUGAUGUGGAAAGAUUUAGCACAUUGGUCUAUGUACAUAUUUCCCAUUUCAACUACGUAUAUCUUAAUAAUAACAUCAACUGUUGCUAUUUUGGCGAAAAUACACAAAAUGCUUGAACUAUGCAAAUAAAAAAAGUGAAAAAUCAUAUGCUUGCUUUAGGAAAACCUUCUUGCAAUAAAGUGAAUGUAUACAAAUAUAUACAGUAUGUGUUUCUCUUUAGAUGUUUUCGGAAUAUUCCGCCGUACUUUCUAAGAAAAAUUAUAAUCAUAAUCAUUGAUAUUAUAACCGUUAUUGUUUUGAUCAUGUUAUUGAUGUUGAGUAUCACUGCCAAAAUAAUUAUACUACUGAUCAUCAUACUUUGUCUGUUAUAUUAAUAGACCUCUACUGACAAUAUCAUAAGGACUCAUUAUAUCAUAUGGACUCUUAUAUUAUAUCAUAAGGACUCUUAUAUUAUAUCAUAUGGACUUUGUUAUAUUCUAUUCUAUGUGUAUGUCUGAUAAAUAAACCUGAUGAUAUCAUGUAGA